AUGGCAUACGUCCAAGCAAGCCGAUUCUGUGUCCACAUAGGAAUGCAAGGAAAUGUUUGCUUUUGUCCCUGCUCGCCAGCACUGUCGAAAACCCUUCUUUCCUUGCAUUAUCAUCGACAAACAUUUCUUACAAUUUCGGACUUGAUGGAUUCUGGACUUUGUGUGUGUCAGGCACUAGAUUUCAAUCAACAAAUCGUGGGCACCGCUUUGCUCGAGAAACGCAGGAAGCUGACAGCUGCCUCCUUGCCUUCUUACGUAAAUUUUCACGAUGACGAUGCUAUGAAAAUUUUCAUGACGAUGACGAAUCGUUCAAUGCGCUUCUGGCUGGACCGGAACCUCGGGUAUGAACAGCGCGCCGCUGUGGCUUUGGCCAUGACAACUGCCCUUCGGAAGCAGAAAAAACUGCCAGCUUCAAACCCCAGCAGUUGUGUGCCCAAGCCAUGCGACGCCUGCUGGCCCCGUGGUUGA